GUGAUUAUGUUAUAUAAUUAUUGGCUCACUCACCUCACCCAAUCUGAGAUCCGAAUCACGAGUCGAGUAGCGAGUGAGUGAGUGACUCAGACGAUUUCAGAAUGGAACCAUCCAUAGGCGUACUGAUGCCAAUCCCAAUCUACGAAGGUCUGCGGAGAGAGCUGAAGAAGCGAUUCAUAGUCUACAAGCUGUGGGAGGCGCCGAACAAGAGCGAGUUCAUCAAGGAACACGCCCACUCCAUCCGAGCCUACAUUGGCACGUCUGGCUUCGGAGCCGACGCCGACUUCAUCAACGCUUUGCCCAAUUUAGAAAUCAUUGCCAGCUUCAGCGUCGGAACUGAUUUGAUCGAUUUGGAGUUGUGUAAGCAGAAGGGGAUUCGGGUCACCAAUACACCCGACGUUUUAACUGAUGACGUUGCCGACAUCGCCAUGGGACUCAUACUUGGUGUUUUGAGGCGGUUGUGUGAUGCUGAUCGGUACGUGAGGAGCGGCGGCUGGAAGAGCGUUGGGGACUACAAGCUUACCACUAAGUUCACUGGAAAAACAGUAGGGAUCCUUGGGUUGGGGAGGAUUGGCGAAGCAAUAGCGAAAAGGGUGGAAGGAUUCAACUGUCCCAUAAUAUACCACUCUAGAUCAGAAAAGGCAGGAGUGAAGUACAAGUACUACCCAAGUGUGGUGGAGUUGGCUGCCAACUGCCAAAUCCUGGUGGUGGCAUGCUCUCUAACGCCUGACAAUCACAACAUCGUGAACCGCCAAGUGAUUGAUGCUCUUGGGCCAGAGGGUGUCCUCAUCAACAUUGGGAGAGGCGCUCACGUCGACGAGCAUGAGUUGGUGUGUGCUCUAGGUGAGGGCCGAUUAGGUGGAGCUGGACUUGAUGUGUACCAAGACGAGCCUAAUGUUCCUCCACAACUAUUGGAGCUUGAUAAUGUCUUCUUGUUGCAUCAUGUUGGAAGCAGCACCUUUGAAACUCGCAUCUGCAUGACUGAUUUGGUCAUCACCAACUUAGAUGCUCACUUUUUUCAUAACAAGCCACUCAUAACUCCGGUGGUUUAGCUUGGCAAAUGAUUAUUGCAAAUAAUAAUGAUCUUUUAGCAAUGCUAAGAAUAAUACGAUCUGCGCUUCAAAAUAAUUAGGGUAAAACUCUGAUUAUCCUAUUAAGAGCCAAGAGUUCAGCAAUUAAUUAUUUAAUUGUAUUACAAGCGAUUAAUUAUUUAAUUGUAUUACAAAUAUAUAACAUUUAUUCAUGAUUUUAAAUAUGUUGUUGUUGACAGUCA